AUGGCGCCAAAAAAACGACGACAGGAGUUCACCUCCGACAACGAUGAGGAAGACGAAGAUGCUUCCUUCAACUCCGAUCGAGAAGAUGAUGAGGAAGAGCGGUCCACCGCUUCGUGUCAUGAUUACUUGGACAUUCCACUCGGCCCCUGCAUGAACUUCAUCAUUGGUCACAACGGCAGCGGAAAGAGUGCUGUGCUCACGGCACUUACCCUCUGCCUCGGAGGAAAAGUUCUUGCGACAAACCGUGGCACAUCACUCAAGAGCUUCAUCAAGGAAGGACGGGGCACCGCGAGGGUUACCGUGAAACUGUCGAACGGCGGCGAUGGCCACAGAGUGGAUGCGUAUGGUGAUGUCAUAGUCAUCCAGCGAGUAUUCAGCCGCGAUGUUGUGUCGCGGAAGAGGGAGGAAGUCGACGCGAUCACCGAUUUUUACGGUUUGCAGGACAACGCCCGAGCGUUCUUGAACGAGUCAACAAAUGCCCAGAAGUACAAAUUCUUCAACCAGGGUGUUCAGCUCGAGCAGUUGGACCAAGACUACUCUCUCAUUGCAGUCGCCAUUAAGAACGCCGAGGCGAUGCUUGAGCUCAAGAAGGAGGCCGUGGCAGCCCUCAAAAAGAAACGAGAUCAAGCGAAGGAGACGGUCAAACAGUUCGAUUCGCAAGCCUCGCUGAACCAGAGAUACGACGACCUCGUCAACCGGAGUGCUUGGCUUCAAGUCCGAGAUCGUAAGGCAGCCCUCAAGGCUCACGAAGACGUGAUGGAGAUACACGCCCGGAAGAUCGCUGCGGCGGAGAAGGAACGAGAUAAGGCUUCAGCCGACUUCGAUGCAGCCAAUCUUGAACUGGAAAACAUCAAAGCCCAAAUCGAGGAGGCGACAACCCUGCUAGAACCGAUCGAAGACGAGAAGGCGCAGAAGAAGGAGCAGCUGAGCAACAACAGAAGCGAGCUGUUAGAGUACCAGCGCCAACAACGUGAGACGAAGGGAGAGAUGGUCAAAACGGACAGGAAAAUUGCUGAGUGCAAAUCAAAAAUCCGUUCCGAGGAAGACCGACUAGAAGAGCAAAACGGAGGAAGCAGUACCCGUUUGAUGGAUUCAAUCAAAGCUUUCCAAGUUGAGGUUGAUGACCUGAAAUCGCAACGGUCCCAAAUCGAAGCAGGACGAGAGGAUAGAGGCCUUGACCACCACGCGGCAGUCCAGGCGAAAAACGAAGCCGAGACUCGGGUCAGUGCCAAACAGAAAGAAAUUGACUCCAAGCGCCAAUUGUUCGAGCGGCUUGAUCGAGCCGGCUCGGAUCCGCUGGGGGGCUUUCACCCUAAGAUGAAACAUCUGCUGGAUGCUAUCGAUAAUGAGCGAGGCUUUCGGGAAAAACCCAUUGGUCCGCUCGGGAUGUACAUGAGUCUCAAGAAGCCACAAUGGUCGAGCAUUGUCGAGAAAUUCUUCGGGAAUAAGGUGAAUGGGUUUGUCGUGGCUAGUCAUGAGGAUGGCAAAUUGCUGGAUAGGGUCAUCAAACGUGCCGGGCUUUCGAACGUCCCGUACUUCGUUGUACCACGCGAGAAGAUAACCAUCGAGGAACCAGCGGCCAAUUACGACACUAUGCUUAGGGUCCUGGAUAUCAGGAACGAAGCGGUUCGCACCCAGUUGAUCAUCUUCAGCGGCAUCGAACAGGUCGUCCUGAUCGAGAACUUGCGCGAAGCUAAUAACGUUAUGGCUGCCAGAAGUCCCGAAGACCGUAUCUCCAGCUGCUACGCGCUCAAUCGCUCAAGGCCUGGCUGGGGCCACAAAGUUGGCGGUAGUUACGGUGUGAUGAGUGUAACACCUAUCUCCCCGUGGUCGGGCAUGGCUCGAAUCAAGUCACAGGGAAUGGAUCAACGCGAGACUGUUCGAACUAGUAUCAGAUACCUGGAGGAGGAAUUGCGGGUGUUGCAGUCCGCUGCACAUUCAGCAGGAACCGUUGAGGUCGAACGUCGUAGAGCCGUACAGUCAGCAGAGAGUCGCCGUAAAGAGCUUGUGAUUGAGAUCCAACGUAAAGAGGAGAAGAUUGAGCGUUUGAACAAUAAGAUCGAAGAGAUAGCCGUGGAUGGUGAACUCAAUGUUCUCCAACAGGACCUCAAGUUGGCCGAGGAGGAUAGGGAGCAUGGCGAGAACACCUAUCGCGAUCUGGAAACGAACAUUGCUCGGAUGAAUGCAGCCCAGGCCGUCAUCGAAGGGGAACUCCGAAGCCUUCAGCAAGAUUUGGAUCGUGCUACGCAACAGGUCAAGUCAAUUCAGGACGAAUACACUCGCAUCAACGGACGGCGGACGAAAGCCCUAUCCAGGAAGAACGAUUUGCUGGCCAAACUAGAUCAGUUUGAAGCUGUCGAGCAGGAACUCCAAGCUAAGAAAGAGGAGUUAAAUGAGAUGCUUCAGGCACAAGGGGUCUGCGACGAGGUCCCCGUCCCCGACACGGAGACGAUGGCAACUUUGGACAAAAAGCUUACGAAAGUCAGAAAUGACAUCCUUACUUCCGAAAAGAGCAAAGAGGAAGCAGUCAAGGCACUCCUCAAGUUCCAGAAAGACUACGAGGCGUCGAAGAAUGAGCGCCGAUGGGAACUCUUCCAGAGUUUCAUCAGUAUCCGCGCCCGGGCUCAUGGCGAAAAGUCGGGAAAGCGGGGACCCAAGACUCUGUCUGGCGGUGAACGGUCUUUCUCGACCAUCUGUCUUCUGUUGGCUCUCUGGGAGGCAAUGGGCUCCCCACUGCGCUGUCUGGACGAAUUCGACGUGUACAUGGACCAUAUCAACCGAAGUAUCAGUGUGGAGAUGAUGCUUAAAGCCGCCGAACGUUCGGCCGGCAAGCAGUUCAUUCUGAUCACUCCGCAGAAUAUGAACCAGGUGACGAGCACUCGCUGCAAGAUCUUCCGGGGUGACGACUGGAAGGCGCAAUUGAAGGCUCCUACAAAAGACUUGAGGCCACAGACAGAGGAUGUCACCAACACGAAGGGCCUGGAAUUCGAGGAUCUAUACAUCAAGCGUGAACUGUUAAUGGGGAUUUUCGAGGCUGGUUUCGAAAAGCCCUCGCCUAUACAAGAGGAAACUAUACCCGUUGCUCUAACUGGCCGAGACAUCCUUGCUCGAGCAAAGAACGGCACUGGCAAGACUGCUGCAUUCGUUAUCCCCGCACUAGAACGAGUCAACCCCAAGAGCCCAAAGACCCAAGCUCUGAUCCUUGUGCCCACCAGAGAAUUGGCCCUGCAGACGUCGCAGGUUUGCAAGACACUGGGCAAGCACCUGGGCAUCAAUGUCAUGGUCACGACUGGAGGAACAGGAUUGAAGGACGACAUCAUUCGUCUAAACGAGGCUGUACAUAUUCUCGUCGGCACACCAGGAAGAAUCCUCGAUCUUGCCGGUAAAGGCGUCGCCGAUUUCACAGAAUGCCCCACUUUCAUCAUGGACGAGGCAGACAAGCUGCUGAGUCCCGAGUUCACUCCCAUCAUCGAACAACUCCUCGCAUACUUCCCCAAGGAUCGCCAAAUCAUGCUCUUCAGCGCUACAUUCCCGCUUGUUGUAAAGAGCUUCAUGCUACAAAUCAACCAAUCUAUCAUAUUCUGCAAUUCGACAAACCGCGUCGAGUUAUUGGCCAAAAAGAUUACUGAGCUUGGAUACUCCUGCUUCUACUCGCACGCAAAGAUGUUGCAGAACCACCGUAACCGUGUCUUCCACGACUUCCGAAACGGCGUUUGUCGCAACUUGGUCUGCUCCGACCUUCUCACCCGUGGUAUCGACAUUCAAGCGGUCAACGUAGUCAUCAACUUCGAUUUCCCAAAGAAUGCCGAGACCUACCUCCAUCGUAUUGGUCGUUCGGGCCGAUUCGGGCAUCUGGGUCUGGCCAUCAACCUGAUCAACUGGGAUGACAGGUUCAACCUCUACAAGAUUGAGCAGGAACUGGGAACCGAAAUUCAACCCAUUCCCCCGAUCAUCGACAAGAGUCUCUAUGUUUACGACUCACCAGAAACAAUUCCUCGCCCUCCCCCUGCCCCUCAACAGCAGAAUACGCGAUCCAACCAGCAGCAGCCCGGUGGUCAGCAACAGCUUCAGCAGUCAAGGAACGGUGGCCAGCAGCCUCCCGCCGGACGAUCCAACCAGCAGAGGCCUCGACAAUAUCAGCAGCAGGGUAGCAACCAAGGCCAGUAUCAUUCACAGAACCAAUCCCAGCAGCAGCAGCAGCAGCAGCAGCAGCAGCAGCAGCAGCAAGGGCGCAGACCACCUCGGUUCAACAAUCAGCAACAGAGGUCAAACGGCUUCUCGUCGGCGGAUUCUGGAACUGCCCCUCCACGGGGUCAGUAG